UCCGUGAUUUUCCGAUCUGGCACCUUCAUUUCUUCCCUCAUGUCGUAAUACUGUUUUCUUAAAUUUUCCAUAAAAUCAAUUAAAACUCAAUAAAAAUGGCUCAAAGUAGGCUGGAGAAGAUUGGAACCAUCUUCACGAGAGUUCAGGGCCUGCUGCGUGGGGGAGCCAUGAGAUCUGAGGACAAGCCCAUUUGGUACGAUGUGUACGCUGCCUUCCCGCCGAAGGCUGAACCCCGGUUCGACCGGCCCGCACCCGAGAUCCCGGUGCGCAACAUAUUCUACGCAGAGGAUGUUGUGAGGGCGAAACUCCACAAGCAGAACAGACCCCAGGAGACCAUUAACCUGUUGGACCACAGACGGACGACGCAAUCGCAGCAUUUCGUAAAGAUCUACCAGGACCUCAAGUCGCAGGGAGCGCUCGAUGAGCAACGAAUCUACGACACAGCUUUGGACCUCCUUGCCGAGCAGCGCCAGCAAUCCCGCCUGGACACGGCCGCCGCAGAGGAAAACCUUCCCGAACUGGAUGCCGAGGUGAAGACUCAACUAGUAAGCGACUUUAAGGAGGCUGCAAGCAACCAGCAAAUCACGUCGUCUACGUCUCCCGCUCCCAGCAAAGCGAGAAAGGACACCGGCGUGGGCAUAAACAUAGACAGCUUGUUCAAGGAUUAGGCAGCAGCACUCUUUUUAUAAACUAAAAAUAAACAUAUGUAUCGUAACUCA